AUGUCUGCUUUAUUUGCAAAUAGUUAUUGGUCAGCAGAUUAUAUUAGUGGAUUAGAUAGCCUUAAAGCUCAAUCUGCAACUUCGAUAAAUCAGCUUCAUGAAUUUCGACGACUUGUUUUUAACUACCUCAAAUUUCAUUUCUCCAAUAGCGAGUACCUUGACCAGUCUGUAAAGAACUUGUAUUCUUCAGAGAGUCCCUUUUACAGUAAAGGAAAUGAAAAGAAUGAGCAAUUGACUUUUACUUCAUGCUACAAGUCAUUUGUCGGUGCGAUGGAGCAAGAAUCUGUAACAUAUCAAAUGCUAGCAUCCAAUAUCGAUAAACAAGUGCUUGAAGAUUUGACUGCAUAUAUCAAAUAUCAUGAACCCAAAAUCAAUCGUGAAAUUGAUAGGCUUGAUGAGUUGUAUGAAAAAUAUCUCUCAAUCAUGAAACAAAUUAUGAAGUAUAAACAGAAAUAUCAGGAUCAAAUACGUCUCAAGGAAUUUGCUGAAAGCUCCAAAACUCCAACGAAAACGGGUCUAGGUUUGCAAGGGUUUGGAAAUGGCGAUACCCUGGCCACCAAAGAGGAUACAGAUUAUAGUGAUGAUGAACUGUAUGCAGAUGAUGACUCAGAUAUACUAGAGCAACAACAACAAGAACAGCAGCAGCAGCAGCGGGGACAACACAAGGAUAAGCCAGCCUUCGACUUUCCUAUGAAGAUCGGGUCUGCUCAAAUUGAAAAUACAGAGGAGUUGCAAAAACUAAUUUCUCAUCUCAUAGAAAAAACCCCCACUAGCAAACGAGGAGUGCCUCUUCCUGGAUUCAAAAAUGAAAUGUUUGUUAGUGAUUCUCUAUGCGAUGUUCUCACGCGAUUACGAAUAAAAGGGAUGGGCCCUUCAAGACUGAAUAUUGAAAAAUUUGGGCAAAGUUUAGCAGACUGGAAACUAAUCACGCCGACUAAUAUAUUCCUGCGAAAAUUCAAAAGUGAGGGUGUAUGGUUUGAGUGGUCAGAUCUAGCCUACUCGACUGCAACAUUGACGUCGACCGAUUGCGAGAUGUCGAAAGAGAAUAUUAAAUCUGAAGAAAAUUUUCCGAGAAGCACGACGGCAGCUGGGACACAUCGACGUAUGCUGCUGUCACAAAUGGCGCAUUCUUCUUUGUCCUUUUCUUCGCCUACUUCUUCUUCCUCUUCUUCAUCAAAAUUUGUGAAAGAUAUGUCUGAAACCACGGCCAAAUUCAAUGCAAUGUUUUCCUCGAUGAAAAAUUCAAUGCUAAAGACCAACCACGAAGAGUUGAUAGUCGACUCUAUUCAAUCGUAUAAUGAAAAUUUGCUUAAAUUCUACGAGACUGAAUACUUUCUACAAAAAGGAUUGCUUGAAUUUGCAGCAUAUUUAGAAAAGUUUGAGAAAAAGAAAAAUCAAAUUAUGUAUGAUGGUUCUGUUAAGUUGCUGCAAAUCGCUGCAAAAUCAUAUGCAAGACAAACUGCAAAUUUGGAAAGGUUGACAAAAACAACAACUCUGAUGAAUAUAGUGGAAAAUUAUGAGCACGAUUUCUUGUUGACAUUUGAGAAAUUUAAAACGGGAUUGUAUAUGCCUAUAACUCUUUCGCAGCAGGAUAAUUUUAAAUUACUGAAUCAAUUUUUGCCUCAGAAUUUGAAGUUUAGUUUUGAUUUGUUCAGCGAUAUUCCAUUGCAACCAACGGUGUUGCAAACCCAAGCUGAACCAAUAUUGCUCAGCACUGCAUCAAUCCCAAUUUUAUUAUACAAGAUUAUCAUGGUGCUUGAAAACAAGCCGAUAAACAGUAACUCUGAUGACAACAAGAGAAAGGAAGAAGGUGACGCUUUAGUUAGAACGGAUCUACAAGAGCUCUGGUUACGCCCUAUAGAUUUUCAAUUACAAUGGAGAAUCAAAGAGCAAUUGACACAAUUAAUUGCUAAUACUUUGUCAGUUAAUCCCGAGGAUCAAAAUGAUGUCGAUGUUGAUCUCAAUGCCGUGAAUUUAAUAAUUGAAGAGUUACUGAAGAGAAGCACAGCUGAGCUCGUUGCUUUUCUAAAGUCGUGGUUGUUGGAGAUUAAGGAUUCCAUUAUCCCUUUUAUUGUCUAUGAGUCAAUAAUAAAGGAUUAUGCUACGAGUGAAGAUAGAAACGAAGCCAAGAACGUUAAGCACAGAACCGCUUUGAAAAAAUUACUUUCUCUGAUCCCCAGAAGUAAUUUGGCUUCCUUGAUUUACAUUCUUGAACAUAUAUGCAAAAUAUUUCAAUUAAAAGCAUUGGAAGGUUACGGUAAAUUUGACGAUUUGCCGACAUCGUUGUCUGCAGAAUCGAAGGAGCAAGAACAAAUAGAGCAUGUAUCUGACAAGCUUAAUCUGAUGGAAAUGGUUGCAGCAGUUCCGUUUAUUCAUUUGAUCAUGAGGCCUUCAUCCUCAAAAGUGUCUGCUGGAUUUAAGCCACCUUUAGCUAUUUACAAAAAGCUCUUAACGGACUUAUUGGACCUAGAUGUUCGCUCAGAUCUAUUCAAAGUCUUGGUUGAAAACGAAAAAAAGUUUCGAGAGAAGAAAGCUAAUGAAAAAAUAGGAGGCUUGAGUGUAAAGAAAAUUCAUGUACAAGACUCAGUCACAUCUGCUCCCAAGAUUGAUCUUAAUGGGUCAACACUUUAUGAUGAUGAUGAACAACAUUAUGACGACAACAAUGACAACAGCGAAGAAUAUAAAAACGGCAACGGCAAUCUCAACGGUAACAGUAAUAACAAAAAUAACAAGAAGAAUAGCGAUAUUGAUGUUCCUGUUACUCCACAAAGGAAAGAUCAAAGUACCUUGUCAAAUCCUGAAAUCAAGACGCCACGCCCAUUAAGUGGAGGCUCAUUUUCACUCAGGCCAUUCAAAACUCGUUCAACACCAGCUCCUUCGCCCAAUGCGUCACCAACUCGUCAUUUAAGACAGGUUGAUGAGGAAAUUACUAGAGCCCAAAGUCCUAAUAGUUCACUAUUGGUUCCAAAUCUCGAUAUCCAAUUUGAAGGCAAAUGA